AGUGGACACCUGUCACUGCUGUCGGUAGGUCCAUGUUUACAGCUAUUUGGCUUGAUCUGCUUGUAAAGUGACGCCUUGUGGUUGAGUCGCGCUCCCUCAUCAUCAUGGUUUUUUUCGAUAUUUUCAACAGCAAGCUCCGAGCCCAGAAGAAGGCAGAAGAGGAGGAGAGGUCCAAACUCGAAUUUGAGCAACUCCGACUUGCUCUCGGAUCAAGUAUCCCCUUUCCCGGUGGCCUCCAUCUUGAAGAGACCUGGUGGAGGGAUCACUUUUUAUGGUUGAAGGAAGUCGGAUAUCAAUUACGGUCACGCUAUGCUCCGGACUGGGUUCCUUCAUGGCAAGGUACAGAUAAAUAUUGGGCUCUGUGCGAGGAUAGUUUGCACAUGGUGACCACGCAAGUCGUCAGUGCAACGCGAAUGUCUGAUGGAGCCCAUGUCGUUUUGAAGCGAAUUCAGCCAUCUGCCCACCCGCAUGAGAUUGAAAUUAGUAGAUUCCUUUCGUCUGAACCCCUCAAGGGGCAACGCGAAAACCAUUCCGUGGAGAUGCUCGAUGUGCUACACAUACCAGAUGAGGCAGACGAGGCUAUUUUGGUGUUGCCGCUGCUUCGUCCCUUUGAUGAUCCUCCAUUCGAAACAAUCGGCGAAAUUAUCGAUUUCGUUCGUCAAGUCUUUGAGGGUCUGCAAUUCAUGCAUAAGCACCGCGUAGCUCAUCGUGAUUGCAUGAAUUUGAAUAUCAUGAUGGAUCCCAUGGAGAUGUACCCGCACCCAUACCAUCCAUGCAGCCCCGCCCUACGUUUGGAUAUGAAAGGUUGGGUGAAACAUCGUUCACGUACAGAGUGCCCUCCGCGAUACCUUUUCAUUGACUUCGGAAUAUCCCGACACUAUCAAGCUUCGGAAAGCGCUCCUCUAGAACUCCCGAUUUGGGGAGGGUACAAGAAUGUCCCGGAGUUUUUGUUAUCCGAUGAAGCCUGUAACCCGUUUCCGACUGAUGUGUGGUACCUGGGCAUUGCUCUGCAGCAACAGCUUCUUGACGUUUAUCGUGGCCUGGGUUUUAUGGAACCUCUGGUUUCGGAUAUGGUGCAGAACGAUCCUGCGCAGCGACCAACCAUGGACGAGGUUAUGUCUCGAUUUGCAACAACAUACCAAGCACUGAGCGCAUGGCAAUUACGUUCCAGGGCAGUCAUGAAGAAGGAAUGGAUCAUUAGGCGGCCUUUCCGCGAAACCUUUCAUUGGCUUCGCUGUCUCCGAUUUUUAUCGCGACAUCUCCCUGCUAUACCGUCACUUACUCUGUGACUUUAGUUUAGAUGUUCAUAAUAUUGCCGCCAUGUAAUCAUACAUGACGCAAACCAGCAAUUUUUGGCUAUGUAUAUAGUUCGGUGUACCCGAGUAGUUGUUCCAUACCUUUUAAUUCAUUUUCCAUGAAUAAUGACAUGCAGAUACUUCCGC